CUGAGAUGACAACUCUCCUCUGUUGAGUAGUCUGUGCGAGAUUGACAAUAUUCUGAGUUACAGUUACAGGGUUAUUAAAGCAUGUUGAUCUUCAUUAGUGUUUAAACUUUAUUUUAACCACAGUCCGCUGAUACACCAGCGCUGUUUAUAGGUUUAAAGUGUUAAAUUGGCGAAAAACAUGACUGCCAAUGAAGACCAGGAGAUGGAGUUGGAGGCUCUGCGUUCAAUCUAUGAAGGAGAUGACUGCUUUAAAGAGCUCAGCUCUGUUUCUUUCCAGUUCAGGAUAGGAGAUGUCGAUGACACUAAAUCCUUCCUGUUAGAAGUGUCUUGGCCAGAGAACUAUCCUGAAACUGCACCGCACAUAUCAUUAGAUACUUUUUUCAACAACAGAAUAUCGCUGGAUACAAAGCAGUACAUUCUCUCUAAGAUGAGCGAACAGGUGGAGGCCAACCUCGGCACUGCCAUGAUGUACACACUUUUUGAGUGGGCCAAAGAGAACCAGGAAACACUCAUGGAAAACCACCAGCCUGUGACAACCGCUGUGACCUUGAUAUCCAACAGCGAUGUCAUGAAUAAUUCCACCUCUGUCAGUAAGAAGAAGAAGGAGAAGAAAGAGCAACUAACCAAAUCACAGAAGAGGAAACUGAUUGGAAAAACAGAUAAUAAGGGUGAACUACCAAGAGGUUGGAACUGGAUAGAUGUUAUUAAGUGUGGGGAUCCCGACCAUCCGUUGCCACAUUUUCUGUUCACCAAACAGCAUCUGAGCAAAACUGGAGGAAAAGAUGAAGACUAGAGAUACUUGAUGAACGAUGGAUUGAUGUAGUGCCGGGUGAAUGUAUGGAUGAAUUGUUUCUCUGUGCACUUGUGUUUUUUUGUUUGUUUUUUAUGAAAGCUGAUCUGAAUUCUCUCCGGCCAUGAUUUCAAUUCACCUGAAGCUGCCACAGAGCUGAUUUGACACUGAGUGGAAGGAGCUCUGCCGUCACAAAGACACGUGUCCUCAGACACAGAAGUGUGUGCUAAAUUAGCUGAGCCACACGUGAACAUCAUGAGGCGUGUGUUAAAUAUACUAACACAGGCUGAAAUCCUUGUAUUUUGGAACUGUUAGAACAGUUAGAACAGCGUCACUUAAUAAAGAGAACAUCGGUGUGAUGUGCAAUUGAAUUAA